GUGACGAGCAUGACACAAAUAUCUGGCGGAAGUUCCCAAGUGUUUGAUGUCAACUCAUCUGCAAAUAUGCAAACUUUUUCCACACGAAACCUGAAGAAAUACCUGGGAGUGCAGAUCUUUGUAGCUAUUUUUGUUCUUUAUCUGUGGUACCAGUUAAAUGGAGGAUUGAUACCAAGUUUUCUGCGUCCAAGACUGCCCUUCCUGCAGGUCGGCCCUGAUGUCCAUGUCCUUAUGUUCUUCGGAGAUGCGGAGGAUGAUGGGAGCAAGAUCAAGUGGGCUCGUGCAGUUAACACCAAGGCCAAGCUGGAUGCUGCAGUCAAAGGAACAGUCCACAUGGUGGAGGGGGACGUGAUCCUGAGGGGCCAGGGCACCAAGGUGCAGUCCCUUGUCCCUGUGAUGGGGAAACCUCCGCAGACAGAUAGUGACGUCACGCUCACAGAGUGGCUUGAUGCCCUCAAGUUCGGCAACAAGGGCAUCAAGCUUGACUUCACGUCCAUCGACAGUGUGGAGAUAUCACUAGAGAAACUGAAACAGAUGAAUGAAAAGAAAACAAUAGAGUUUCCAGUCUGGCUCCAUGCUGAUGUAUUACAAGGCCCUCAUGGUGGUAAAGCCACGGUGGUUGCAACACGGUUCUUCAAAACAGUGAAGCGAGUGUUCCCCAAGUGCACCCUGUCGCUAGGCUGGACGUCGGGCACCCACACAGACCUGAGUCAGAGCGGCUACUCCUGGGAGAUGGUGAUGGCCAUGCGGGACUUGGUCAAAUCCUGGGACGUGGACGACCAGCCAAUAGUCUUCCAGGCUCGUCUAUCCCUCAUCAGAAACUCUGUCCCUCAACUCAAAUGGCUGAUUGAUGUUGUCCCCCACUCUGCCCUGAUGAUAUGGCACUCUCCAGAAGAUGUCAAGGUGUCCGAGGACCUCAUGUAUGUAUGCUACAGGUUUGCACCAAAUACUGUGUUCUUUGACUUGAACGAGGACUACCUUCAGUCCCACUUGAAGCAGUUCAGGCACUUCUCCAGGGAGAAAGUCAAUGAGUUGGUCAAAAGGAGAGAUGAGGUGAUGUUCCACCCAGGGGCUUGGGUCAAGAUGGGGUUCUGGAAGGAGCAGGAGUCCAUUCUGGCCAGCACAGAGGCCCUAGUCCUUGUCAGCCCCAUUGUGUAUGUUAUCAGCAAGUCCAAGUACAAGCCUACACCAACAAUAAGGCUGAGUGGGCGUGUACAGUUCCUCAACCGGGAAGGGAAGGAGGCAGAGUCAGGGCGCACAGGAUUAGACAUUUUUAUUCGACCAACUGCAUAUGCUGAUUUUGACAAUAUUGUUGCAAUCAAAUGUUUUCUGGGUGUGAAUGGAGAGAUUGAGGUGUCAGGCAGUAAUCUGAAGAAAGAAUUCCGUAGAAAAUCACAGAAAGUCACGCCAAGUUCUGUCAACUGUUUUAGAUUCAGUGUUAUUGAUGCAAUUCACGAGAUAAUUUUUCGUGUCAAUAUUCUCCAUGAGUGUAACACAUUGGAGAGCGUGAAGGAAGACACUGAAGUUCACGCAGAGCUACACAUUGACAUUCCAACUACGCUGGGAGUGGGUGAACAUCCCUUCAUCAUUAAGCUAGAUGACAGCAGAAGAGUGGCAGUGAUCGAUGAACUCAACAUCAAACACACGUGAGGUACUGCACAUUGAGGAGGAGGGAUGCUGGGAGAUUUUAAACUUAGUUCCAUAUAUCCGUCAGAAGGUACAGUAUUUGGUCAUGUGACAUUAAAAUGUUAACCCUGUAUGUUACAUACUUAGUUGUAGUGGAGACAAUUUACCUAGAAAACCUGGUCCAUAUCCCUUUUCUUGAUGCAUAAAUAAUUCACACCAAUGAUAUUCCAAGUCAGAGCAAAGGCUCUGUUGUGAAUCGUGAGACAAUUCUCGCGACUCCUUGGUUGUCCAACUACUGAUUUGAGUAGUAGGCCCAAAACUAUAAAUAUAUAUUGCAAAAUGAAGAUGAUGCUAGGUUUGCGAGUCAGGUUGAUAGUGAUUACAGAAGAUAAAUGAAAUGGUUUAAUUAUUUGUUCUUUUCUGUUACAAUGUGUGUGUUGUGGAUUGUUGAAUAUCACCACUCGCUUGUCAUGUCACAUUCAGGACAUUGGACCGUUUUAACAAUACCCCUGGAGCAAUUUGGUCCGACUAUAUUAUACAAAUGUUUCCUUCUUUUCUCUUGGUAUGUUAUUAUGUUCUGUUAGUAUGCAAGCUAUGAAUGUUGGUAUGAUAGUAUUCGGUGUAUAUGUUCGCCAGUUGUUUAUGUAAACAGUAUAGGCUUGAUUUGUUCAGUGUGUGUGUGUUGUACAUGGUCACAUAUAACGAUAUAUGUUGGAGUGUCCUCACAGUGGAGGUCCUGUGUGAAAUGUGUCUGUUAGUAGAAGUCUCCUGUAAUGGUUGUGAGCUAAGCCCCCCCCCAUAGCGAUGUUAGUUGUUGGAAUCUGCAGUCUGUGAUUGUGAACACAUUGAAGGUAGUACCCCUCACUCCGGGCCCAUUGCUAACUGCAGGGGUCUCUGGGUCUCUCCUUUUGUGUAUGGAGUGGAUACUUUUCAACAGAUUUAGUAUUCUACUUUCCUCAAGUACAAAUAUAUGUACAUACAGAUCUGCAUACCAUGACAACGUGGCCAUUUCUUCAUUAUCUUCAUUUUAGAGAUAGCCAUCGGCAAAGCUUGGGAAUUUGCUUUUAUGAAGGUCAAGUUGUGUUUGCACAGCAGUAUUUGUGGAUCUGUUGACCCUAUAUAACCAACAACAGGUUAUUCUUUCAUUUCCAGCUAGGCAUAAUCAGAGAUCAAAUAAUAAAAUCAUUUAUCACCAAUUUGUUGUGUAUGAACAGAUGGAAGUUUGAUGUAUUAUCAGUUUUUUAAAAGGGAGGAUUAGUAAAUCAUCGAUAAUAUUUAUUGGUCAUUUUGGAAAUAUACAGGCUGUUAGUUCCAUCCAGUGAACACCCUUCUUUCAUCACCACAUUUUGUUUUAAACUUACAAUGAAAAGGGCCUGUGUGUGACAUUGGUGUGGAUGCAGAACGAGAAGACUCCUAUGAUUGGGCCAUCAUCAUCAUAAGUGCACGCAGUUCAAGGUGUACAAUAAUGGUGUGUUUGUUUCGGUGAUGCUCGUCUUUCCUUGUUACAGAUGUAUAUAUUAUUAAAUUUCAUCGAAGUCAAAACUAAUUUACUGUUCAUAAUUUGCUUUACACAUGUUAAAUGGAUGUGUCAGAUUCUAAUAAACAUUUACUUUUCUAAAUAUGUCUGUCUGUUAUAUGUGCUUGUGCAACAACCAACAUACGUUCAUGCAACUCUGGAAUCAGUGUGGCACCUAAUACCGUCUGCCAUGGCUUCUACAGCAUAGUCAUGACAUCUACAACAAUGUUCAUGACUUUAUAAGAAUAGCUGUGUCGAGAGCACAAAACACUGUUUAAAUAGUUCAUCCGUAUGACAAGAUGAAAAAAAGCUUCAAAAAGUAUUUCACAGGUAUGCUGAAAUGGUUCUCUGAAUAAUGUGACAUACACUUAAGUGAGAUUUAUACAUUGAAACCAUCUCAUGAAGACAAAGAAAGCACUGUCAGUUAAAAAUCCUAUUUUGCUAUGAAAUGAACUAUUAGACUAAGUUGAAAUACAGCACUGACAAAAAUAAUUCCAAGA